AUGCUACAUAACAGCUGUAAGCAUGAUUAUCAAGAAAAGUUAAUUGUCGACCUUCUUGCACUGUUUGGAGAGGACAUAGACACAAAGAAACCAAUACAAGUCACAGUUAUAACCAACCUUGUUGGAAAAUUAAAAGGAAAUGUCAACCACAAGUACGUUCCACUUAUAAAGAUGAUUGCCAAAUUGCACAAAACAAGACUUGGAGAGACAAACUUCGAUUUAAUGAGUGUGAGUAUGUUAGUUCUGUUCAGAAUUUUACCCAAUCGCAUAUUAAGCUGACGUUGCACAUCCUUAAUUUAAGUCCCUGAUGGAUAUAAUCGAAACAAAUUUAUUUGGUAGGGAAACCCGUCUCAGUUAUCACUACUUCAUUGCGUCUAUACCCGUCGCUGAACCGUUAAUGCCAGCUUUUACCUGACAUUUGAUUGUGAAUGAAUUAAUUAACAAUUUUAAAGAGAAGAGCUCAAACGUGUUUUCUGAACCAAAACGAACACUCCACGUGGAGUGGUACGGGUUUCGUCUUAAAAGAUGUACAAAUUUGCAGAAUUUGCAUGAAACAGUCAUAUAUUAUUCUUUUUGUUCUUCUUUUUUCAGUGUCUUUGGCCUUCCAUGUACCACUACCUGUGACAAUUACAUGCUAAAAAAAAAACUCCAGCCAGGCUUUAACGUUGAUAUUAUACAACAAGCAGCUUCUCUCUACGAUGGUGCACCAGUGAUCGAAGCUAGUGACGAAGCACGGGCACUUCGGUACAUUUCUUUUAUCUUUUUUUUUUUACGGUGUUUUGAAUAG